CAUGUAGAAAGUGGAGACAUUGCAGGAAAGGGAGCCAACAAGGAGACCCCUACACCAAGUGAAAAUGAUUCAGAGAGAGAGGUGGUUUCAAAAACUAGUUCAGAGGUGAAGAAUGCAGGCAGUGAGACAGUAAAAGAGGAGAAGAUAGAAGAGCCUACAAUGGGAAAACCAGCUGAGGAGACCAUAGAAAACUGCCAGAACACAGACAAAGCUGAUGAAACAGAGAUGGAAGAAGUCAGGAACAAAAGUAGCAAAGAGGUCCAGCAGCUUACCUCCAAAGAACAAAAAUCUUGUUUGGAGCGGUCCAGCGCAGACGAGGGAGAAAGUUGCAAAUCGAGUCACGAGACUGCAGAGGAUAAAAUUCCGCUGUGGCAGUACGUGGAGAGGAAGAGCCGAGAGCCUGUGAUUGGCUUAAGUGCACUUCUUGAAUGCUGUUGUGAUGAACGAGACCCCAUCUACCUCUGUGAGUGCUGCUCUCUGAAGAUCCCAGAGGAAGACAUCAUCAGCCAUGUUACUGGAGUUGACCACCAGCAGAUGUAUCUGGUGAGUUUACAGAAACUCCCACCUUCACCUGUGGGAAUGGACCUGGGGAAAAACAUCAGACAUUUGUCUGCGUUGUUUGAACAAGAUAAUGGAUAUGGAGAUGCUGAUGUUGUUGAACUGGAUAAAGAGAUUUAUGAGAACAUCUCAAAACAAACCUUCAAAUCAGCCAUAGAGACAGUGAAGGCACUUCAAGCUCAGAACAUCAAUCUGUGUGAACUCCCUUCGACCUCAGCGCUGUCUCCUGUCCAACCUGUGGACACCUCACUUACAAUCCAAGCUCAACACAAGGCGUCUUCUCACACAGAUGACUGUCAG